GGAGACGAUACUCCGGAGGGGACCAUUGUGCUGUAAAUAGCAGUUCUCUCACGAUGCCGAUCAAGAUCUCCACAAACAUCCAAGCAAGCUAUCGGACUCUGCGGUCUCAGCGAAAUUUCCCCACAGCAUCAUGUUCCAGCCUUACAUCUGCACCAUACUCCUGCUUUUUGGGUUGAAAUGCCGCGAUGCGUCUUUCCAUUACCUCAGUUCUGGUCCAGCAGCUAUAGAGGCGACAGUUGUGGUCGAUGAGAAGUUUCCCGUGCCAUCUGAAGCUUUUUGUGUGGCACCGAAGUUUACUCCGACUGCUCCUCCGCUGUACGGAGACGAAUAUAUUGUUGCGGCUCUUGGGAAUGUGCUCAAAUGGGACGAUAUACAAUUUACAGUACGAUGGUCAUCUGGUAAUACCAUCAAUAAAGAUUCAUUAGAAGGCGGGUGAGAAAAGGUAGGAACAUGACACGUACUGGAUCAUUACUGUGCCCACAACCUUUUGGGUUUGAUCUUGCCUAUCACCGGACGCCGGAACGUUGAAACGUUCCCUGACCUCUUCGU